CUUUGGAAUUGAAAACGAAUUUAACAUAGCAUAACGGUUUGCUGAUUAUAAUAGCACGUUUGUUGGAUUUAAAUGUUUUGGGAAAAUAUCGGAUACAACAAUGACACGGCAAGUACUGUUGUUCGUCUUGGUCCUCUCUCUCGGUCUAGUGCAUGGGCAGGUCAGUUACUCCAUUUCCGAGGAAAUGGUGAAAGGUUCUUUAGUCGGUAACAUAGCGCAGGAUUUAGGUUUAGAUAUAAAGAGGUUGAAAUCAGGUAAAGCUCGUGUUUAUACUGGAGACAGCGCAGAAUACAUCGAGCUGAAUAAAGAAAGGGGAAUCCUCAUCAUCAAAGAGAGAAUAGACCGUGAAGCGCUCUGCGGACAGACUACGCCUUGCGCUCUUCAUUUUCAAAUUAUUUUAGAGAAUCCUAUGGAGUUGUACAGUAUUACGGUUGAGAUCACCGAUGUUAAUGAUAACCCUCCAACCUUUGAUAAAAGCGAAGUGAAAUUCAAAAUCAGUGAGUCUGCAGUCAGUGGGGCUAAAUUUGUAUUGGAAAGGGCUAUGGAUCUUGAUGUUGGUAAUAAUGGUCUUCAAAACUAUUUGCUCAAUCCAACGGACAAUUUUGCUCUUAAAUUGCAUAGCCAAGCAGAUGGCAAUAAGAAUGUUGAAAUGGUUUUACAUAAACCGUUAGAUCGAGAGAAACAGGAGAAGGUUGCGUUAGUAUUGACAGCCAUAGAUGGAGGCGAGCCGCAGAUGUCUGGGACAAUGAAAAUACUUAUCACCGUAUUAGACGUCAAUGACAACGCGCCUGUCUUUACUCAACCUGUAUAUAAAGCCACAGUGACAGAAAAUGCACACAAAGGUACAGUUGUAGCAACAGUGAAUGCAUUAGAUGCCGACCAUGGUUCAAACGGUAAAAUCACGUAUUCAAUUUCAAACACGUUGGAUGAUGUCCGAAAUACGUUUGUUGUAAACGAGGACAGUGGUGAACUUACAGUGAUAGGAAGCGUCGAUUAUGAAAAGUCAAGACAUUUCCAAAUAAAUUUGCGCGCAAGCGAUGAUGGUGGACUGACUGAUUCAUGCAAAGUAAUUAUCGAUGUUGCUGAUAUAAAUGACAAUACACCUAGUAUUAAUAUAAUAUCAAAAUCCAAUGUUAUAUCCGAAGAUGCCAAAACAGAUACAGUCGUAACCAUGAUCAAUAUACAAGACCCAGACUCGGGUGACAAUGGCAAAGUCCAGUGUUCCAUAAACGAAAACAUUCCUUUUCUAAUUAAAACAACCUCAACUAACUUUUUUAGCUUAGUAACAGACAGUGAAUUGGACCGAGAGAGAGCGUCUGAGUACAACAUCAGUGUCACGUGUUCUGACGAGGGAGUGCCCUCGCUCUCCAGCAGCGUCACUCUCACCUUACAGAUAUCAGAUGUGAAUGACAACGCGCCUGUCUUUGAGAGGAGCUCAUAUGAGGCCUAUAUUACAGAAAACAACACACCGGGCCUCUCUAUAUUCACAGUGAAAGCCAGAGACGCUGACUGGAACCAGAAUGCUCGUGUUUCUUACAUACUGGAGGACUCCUCGGUUCACGGAGUUCCCGUCUCCUCAUAUGUGUCCAUUAGUGCUGAUAGUGGAGUCGUCCAUGCAGUGCGCUCUUUUGACUACGAGCAGAUCAAGGAUUUCCAAUUCCACGUAAAAGCGCAGGAUGGAGGUUCCCCUCCACUCAGUAGCAAUGUGACUGUGAAAAUAAUGAUCCAAGAUCAAAACGACAACGCACCUCAGGUUCUGUACCCAGUCCAGACUGGUGGCUCUCUGGUGGCUGAAAUGGUGCCUCGUUCAGCAGAUAUAGGCUAUCUGGUCACUAAAGUGGUGGCUGUUGAUGUGGACUCUGGACAAAAUGCCUGGCUCGCCUAUAAACUGCAGAAAGCCACAGACAGGGCGCUGUUUGAAGUGGGCUUACAGAAUGGGGAAAUAAGAACUGUUCGCCAAGUGACUGAUAAAGAUGCAGUGAAACAAAGGCUGACUGUUGUAGUGGCGGACAACGGGCAGCCCUCUCGUUCAGCUACAGUCAAUGUUAACGUGGCGGUGGCGGACAGCUUCCCUGAAGUGCUCUCGGAGUUCACUGACUUUACGCACGACAAGGAGUACAAUGACAACCUGACUUUUUAUUUGGUCUUGGCUUUAGCUGUAGUUUCAUUUCUGUUCAUCACGUGUCUUGUGGUUAUUAUAUCAGUGAAAAUAUACAGAUGGAGACAGUCUCGCAUCCUCUAUCAUUCCAAUCUCCCAGUGAUUCCUUAUUAUCCACCGCGUUACGCAGAUACUUUGGGGAAUGGAACUCUGCAGCACGUGUACAAUUACGAGGUGUGCAGGACGACUGACUCCAGAAAGAGUGACUGUAAGUUCGCCAGACCCGGUAGUCAGAACGUCCUGAUAAUGGACCCCAGCUUGACAGGAACCAUGCAGCGGAUACAGAGUGAAAAGAGCAUCUUAGAUGAACCAGACUCUCCACUGGAGGUUAGUCAAUAUUAA